AUGGAGAUGCGAACUCACCACAUCGUCUGUGCUCUCCUGCUUGGGCUGGUAACAGACCUGGGCGAAUGCAGGAGGGGAGUCCCGUUUGAAUGCAACACACCCCCUAGCGGAAUCGGAUGGUGUUUGAACGAAGGGGACAAUAAGGAAUGCACCAGCGUCGUGAAAGAACUCUGCGAAAGGACUGUCACCGUGAACGGAGAACGCAAGGUUGAGCGUUUGAGAAGCUACACGACUCAAGCAUGGGAGCCUGGAGUACUUGUGAGGGACCAUUGUGACAGCAUACCCUCGAUGACGGCUGUUGCCAACUUCUUGGGUCCCGGUGGAUCAUACGAUGGCAGUAACCAAGAUAAUGGACAUGCCGCCAUAGUCAUACGCUGCCUACGAGGAGGGGAAGAUGGCAUUGAGGUGUAUGACCAGUCAAGAAGGAAUCAGCUGCAAAGACGUGAAAUGCGACAUAUGAGUUCCACUCGCACUUCGAACGGGAGCACCUUCUACACCAUCGACAUUAAGUCAACCGCCACACCAUUGUUCGACCAAGACGAAAGUUCGCAUCCCUGCCGCCUCUCUCAGUAGAAGUACACAGCGCUGCGAAUUGUGAAAAUAAAUGCGCA